CGUCGUCGGAGGAAGACUGAAAAAGCCCAAGGUGCUGCCGUUGCUGGUACAAGUCGGACUUGCUGUCGCCGGGUCCGCUUCUGCACUGGUCUGGGACCGAGCGGAGCUUGCAGCUACGGUCCCGGAGCCAACCCUGUCCUCACCACUGCCCGACCUGCGGUGAUGGAGCCGGCCACCGCGCUGCCCCCAGGCCCGCGCCAGGCGCUGCCCCUCGGGGGUCCGGGCCCGCUGGGCGAGUUCCUGCCUCCUCCCGAGUGCCCGGUCUUCGAGCCCAGCUGGGAAGAGUUCGCGGACCCCUUCGCUUUCAUCCACAAGAUCCGGCCCAUAGCCGAGCAGACUGGGAUCUGUAAGGUGCGGCCGCCGCCGGAUUGGCAGCCACCAUUUGCAUGUGAUGUUGAUAAACUUCAUUUUACCCCACGUAUCCAGAGGCUGAAUGAAUUAGAGGCUCAAACUCGUGUGAAAUUGAAUUUCUUGGACCAGAUUGCAAAAUACUGGGAAUUACAGGGAAGUACUCUGAAAAUUCCACAUGUGGAAAGGAAGAUCUUAGACUUGUUUCAGCUUAAUAAGUUAGUUGCAGAAGAAGGUGGAUUUGCAGUUGUUUGCAAGGACCGAAAAUGGACCAAAAUUGCCACCAAGAUGGGGUUUGCUCCUGGCAAAGCUGUGGGCUCACAUAUCAGAGGGCAUUAUGAACGAAUCCUCAACCCCUACAAUUUAUUCCUUUCUGGAGACAGUUUGAGGUGUUUGCAGAAGCCAAACCUGACCACAGACACAAAAGACAAGGAGUACAGACCCCAUGAUAUUCCUCAGAGGCAGUCUGUGCAGCCCUCAGAAACAUGCCCUCCGGCCCGAAGAGCAAAACGCAUGAGAGCAGAGGCCAUGAAUAUUAAAAUAGAACCAGAAGAGACAACAGAAGCAAGAACUCAUAAUCUGAGACGUCGAAUGGGUUGUCCAACUCCAAAACGUGAUAAUGAGAAAGAAAUGAAGAAUAAUGUCAAGCAAGAACCCUUUGAGAAGAAAGAUUAUAUCAUAGAAAAUGAGAAGGAAAAGCCCAAGAGUCGAUCUAAGAAAACUACCAAUGCUGUGGACUUGUAUGUCUGCCUUUUGUGUGGCAGUGGCAAUGAUGAGGACCGGCUUCUCUUGUGUGAUGGCUGUGAUGAUAGUUACCAUACUUUUUGCUUAAUCCCACCUCUCCAUGAUGUUCCUAAGGGAGACUGGAGGUGUCCUAAGUGUUUGGCUCAGGAAUGUAGUAAGCCACAAGAAGCAUUUGGCUUUGAGCAAGCAGCCAGGGACUAUACCCUCCGUACUUUUGGGGAAAUGGCAGAUGCAUUCAAAUCUGAUUACUUCAACAUGCCAGUUCAUAUGGUUCCCACGGAACUGGUUGAGAAAGAAUUUUGGAGACUAGUAAGCACUAUUGAAGAGGAUGUCACCGUAGAAUACGGAGCUGAUAUUGCCUCAAAGGAAUUUGGCAGUGGCUUUCCUGUCCGAGAUGGAAAAAUCAAGCUUUCACCUGAGGAAGAGGAGUAUCUUGAUAGUGGCUGGAAUUUGAACAAUAUGCCAGUGAUGGAGCAGUCUGUCCUUGCUCACAUUACGGCUGAUAUAUGUGGCAUGAAACUUCCUUGGUUGUAUGUGGGAAUGUGUUUUUCGUCAUUCUGUUGGCAUAUCGAAGACCACUGGAGCUAUUCAAUUAACUACCUACACUGGGGUGAGCCAAAAACCUGGUAUGGAGUCCCAGGCUAUGCUGCUGAGCAGCUAGAAAAUGUUAUGAAGAAACUAGCUCCAGAGCUCUUUGUGUCUCAGCCAGAUCUCCUUCAUCAGCUUGUGACCAUCAUGAACCCCAAUACCCUGAUGACUCACGAAGUGCCUGUUUACCGAACUAAUCAGUGUGCUGGGGAGUUUGUGAUUACAUUUCCAAGAGCCUACCACAGUGGUUUUAACCAAGGUUUUAAUUUCGCUGAGGCUGUUAACUUCUGCACUGUUGAUUGGGGAGUAAUUGAUUCGGAAAGAAUGGAUUUUGAGCUGUUGCCAGAUGAUGAACGUCAGUGUAUAAAAUGCAAAACUACGUGCUUCAUGUCUGCCAUCUCCUGUUCUUGCAAACCUGGCCUGCUUGUUUGCCUGCAUCAUGUAAAAGAAUUGUGUUCCUGUCCUCCUUAUAAAUAUAAAUUGCGGUAUAGAUACACUCUGGAUGAUCUCUACCCUAUGAUGAAUGCGUUGAAGCUUCGAGCAGAGUCUUACAAUGAAUGGGCCUUGAAUGUGAAUGAAGCUUUGGAGGCAAAGAUAAACAAGAAGAAAAGCCUUGUCAACUUUAAGGCUUUAAUUGAAGAAUCUGAAAUGAAGAAAUUCCCAGACAAUGAUCUUUUGAGACAUCUUCGCUUAGUCACACAGGAUGCAGAGAAAUGCGCCUCUGUAGCACAGCAGUUGCUUAAUGGCAAAAGGCAAACUAGAUACCGAUCUGGUGGAGGGAAAUCCCAAAAUCAGUUGACAGUGAAUGAGCUCCGACAGUUUGUAACACAGUUGUAUGCUCUUCCGUGUGUCCUCAGUCAAACACCAUUGCUAAAGGACCUGUUGAAUCGUGUAGAAGAUUUUCAACAGCAUAGCCAGAAACUGCUCUCUGAGGAAAUGCCUAGUGCUGCUGAGCUGCAGGACCUACUAGAUGUCAGCUUUGAAUUCGAUGUUGAACUUCCACAGCUUGCUGAGAUGCGAGUCCGUCUGGAGCAGGCCCAUUGGCUAGAAGAGGUGCAGCAAGCUUGCCUAGAACCCAGCUCCCUUACUUUAGAUGAUAUGAGACGUCUCAUAGACCUAGGAGUGGGGCUGGCCCCAUAUUCAGCAGUGGAGAAAGCUAUGGCUCGGCUGCAAGAACUGCUCACAGUGUCAGAGCACUGGGAUGACAAAGCUAAGAGUCUCCUUAAAGCCAGGCCACGGCAUUCGUUGAAUAGCCUUGCUACUGCAGUAAAGGAGAUCGAGGAGAUCCCUGCAUAUCUGCCCAAUGGUGCAGCUCUGAAAGACUCAGUGCAGAGAGCCAGAGACUGGCUUCAGGAUGUAGAGGCCCUGCAGGCUGGAGGACGUGUGCCAGUAUUAGACACACUCAUAGAACUUGUUACACGAGGCCGAUCUAUUCCGGUACAUCUGAAUUCUUUGCCAAGGCUGGAAUCACUAGUAGCUGAGGUUCAGGCUUGGAAAGAAUGUGCUGCUAACACAUUCUUGACUGAGAAUUCUCCAUAUUCUCUUUUAGAGGUGCUGUGUCCUCGAUGUGAUGUUGGCCUUUUGGGAUUAAAAAGGAAGCAGAGAAAGUUAAAGGAGCCCUUGCCAAGUGGGAAGAAAAAAAGCACCAAGUUAGAGAGUCUGAGUGACCUGGAGAGAGCUUUAACUGAAAGCAAGGAGACUGCUUCAGCUAUGGCAACUCUUGGGGAAGCUCGCCUAAGGGAAAUGGAAGCCUUGCAGUCUCUCAGACUCGCCAAUGAAGGAAAAUUGUUGUCGCCUGUCCAAGAUACAGAGAUAAAAGUCUGUCUGUGUCAGAAGGCCCCAGCUGCCCCUAUGAUCCAGUGUGAACUCUGCAGGGAUGCUUUCCAUACCAGCUGUGUGGCAGUACCCAGUAUUUUGCAAGGCCCCCGAAUCUGGCUUUGUCCCCAUUGUCGGAGGUCAGAGAAACCUCCAUUAGAGAAAAUUCUGCCCCUGCUGGCCUCCCUGCAACGGAUCCGAGUUCGCCUUCCUGAGGGAGAUGCACUUCGAUAUAUGAUUGAAAGAACCGUGAACUGGCAGCACAGAGUUCAGCAGCUGCUUUCAUCAGGGAAUCUGAAAUUUGCGCAAGAUCGAGUGGGCUCAGGACUAUUACAUAGCAGAUGGCAAGCUUCAGCAGGACAGGUGUCAGAGACAAACAAGGUGUCUCAACCUCCUGGCACAACAUCCUUUUCCUUGCCUGAUGACUGGGACAACAGAACCUCAUAUUUGCACUCUCCCUUCUCUACUGGACGGAGUUGUAUUCCCCUCCAUGGUAUUAGUCCAGAAGUGAAUGAACUGUUGAUGGAAGCCCAGUUGCUCCAGGUAUCUCUUCCUGAAAUUCAGGAACUUUACCAGACUUUACUUGCAAAGCCAAGCCCUGCUCAGCAGACUGACCGAAGCUCACCAGUUAGACCCAGCAGUGAGAAGAAUGACUGUUGCCGAGGGAAACGAGAUGGAAUUAACAUCCUUGAGAGAAAACUGAAGAGACGCCUAGAAAGAGAGGGCCUCUCCAGUGAGAGGUGGGAUCGAGUUAAAAAAAUGCGGACCCCCAAAAAGAAGAAAAUCAAACUGAGCCACCCCAAGGACAUGAACAAUUUCAAGUCAGAGAAAGAGCAUAGCUAUGACUUAGUUCGUUGUGCCGAAACUCAUUCCCUGCCCUCAGAUACAUCCUAUUCUGAGCAGGAAGACUCUGAGGAUGAAGAUGCCAUCUGCCCGGCUGUGAGCUGCCUACAGCCAGAAGGAGAUGAGGUGGACUGGGUCCAGUGUGAUGGCAGCUGCAAUCAGUGGUUUCAUCAGGUCUGUGUUGGUGUCUCCCCAGAGAUGGCAGAGAAAGAAGACUACAUCUGUGUGCGCUGUACUGUGAAGGACGCACCAAGCCGAAAGUAAAAACACAAAAACAGACACCCCCCUACUUAAUGUAAUUCAGGACUCCAACCAAGAGGAUUUCUUCAAAUCUCAGCAAAGCUACAGGACUGGUGUUCAAGCCAGCCUGUAAACGGUGCUAUUUCUAUUCCUUACGGGAUCAUUUUUCCAGGACUCUUUGAAAAAAAGAAAAAAGCAACUAAAAAAUUUUUUGACACUUUUUGUAUUUUUUCCUUAAGAGCUGUUUGUGGUUGUCGAGGUUUCAAAAGCUGACUGUUUUUUGCAGGGGUUUCCACCAAUUUGGAAGGCAUUGAAGCUUGCACCUUUUCAUGUACAGCAUUAAAAUUUUACCUCUAUCUGGGAUUUACCGGCUUAAGAGUCCAACUCGCUUGCAGUGCCCAGACAGGCACCAGAAAUUCCAGUAAAUCCUCAUUUGAGGAAGCUCUCCCUUGUUUACUCUGUUACCACAUUGGGGAACUUUUUUAAGUUUUUUCACUUUUGGGGUUUUUGUUUGUUUUUUUCUUUAUCCACUUUUCUUUUUCCUGGUAGACUAGGUUUAUUUAUCUGAGCAAUAACUUCUAUGUUGGUUUCAGUGGCUGGAAUUAAAACAAAACAAAACAAACUUCGAACAGUGUGUUGGUGCUUUAGCAUUUGGUUGAUGUGCAGAACGCAAAUGUCUAGUUUCUAGUGUCACUGAUGAAUUAGUGAUGUAGAAAAGAGACUGCUGUAAGUAAUUGCCACAGCUGUAUUUUGGCUUUCUCCCUCCCCUCCCCUCCCUUCCUCCAUCCCUCCCUCCCUCUAUCCUUCCCUCCCUAUUUUUUUGGUAGCUUGUAUCAAAUGUCGCAGUUUAUAUUGUGGAAUAAACCCUUGGUCCUAUUAUAACACUAAAUGCUGGUUAUUUAGAGCCAUUAAACUACAGCUUCUUCUGCUCCUCUACCUUGUGGGCUUGCAGAGUCAGAAGGGGCUGCUUGCUUUUGUUUCUGCCCAGCCAGGCUGCAAUAGCAGUGGACAUUAGCCUGUAAACAGCAUUAGGGGAUUCUUCUUUUGUAUCCUGCUCUGUUUGGUGGGCCAUAUGCCUCUAGCCCCCACUAAUAAAGAACCCCUUUGUCUUCAAGGACUAGAACCUGUCUUUAAAGCCAUGACCUUUUUUAAAUAAGCUUUCUCAAUGUUGGCAAAUCACAUCAGUCCUCCUUGUGGAAAUGAUGCCUUUUUUAUAUCUGAAUUGAUAGGGAAACUUGGUUUAGAGUUAAAAUGUUGGAAGGAUAUCUAAGGAAGAUUCAUCUUUAUACAAGUCUGGGCUUAGUAUAUGGGUUGAGGGGAGACUGGUGAAUGACCCAGGCUCUACUUUCCUGGGUUCUUUUCCUAUCCCUUUCUAACUCUAGGUAUCAUUACUGGUUGUGGGUAGCCCAUAACUGUUUUCCCUCAUUUUUUCUUUAAAGGGCUCAGUUCCGCAGUGGAAAAGGCAUUCUGAUGAAAAGAACAGACUUUUGCUUACUUUUUCCUAUUCUGUUGCUAUUAUUUGUUUUCCCCACAUUCUAUAGCCAUAAAUCUAAACAUGGGUAAAACUGGUGAGUCUUUAACAAAAUAAAACAACAAAACAACAGCAGUUUGUGAUGUAGCAGAGAUUUAAAUGUACUAUCCCCUUUUAUGCAAUUCAAAUAAUUAAAUCUCUUUACGAAUGA